AUGAAUGACCACAGAAUAGCACCUUUUAGACAUCUACUAUCCCAUCUGCGCUUUCUGAUGACUAUACGCUCUCAAGAAGGAAUCUACCGAGGACUAAUCCUGUUUCGUUUAUCUCCAUCGGUUCCGGCGAUUAGGCCGAAUGAAAGACCUACAGACAAGGAAAACCUGAAAGCCAUGUACAAGCAGAUAUAUGUCAUGGAAUCGACUUGUCCCCAUCUCGGUGCCGACAUGUCCCAUGCUGAUAUAGAAGAAUAUGACUCAGGAGUCGUGGCAGUAUCAAAAAUCCUUCAUAGGUAUGAUUUUAAUCUUGAAACCGGAAAAAGUGAAACUGGACUCCAUACUUGCACAUAUGAUGUCAAAGUAGACGUUAAUCCCUUGGAUGGACUUGACACAGUAUACGUCGAAACUCCGAAAGUUGGAACAAACUGGCGGCUAGUCGAACUAAGACCCGUUUCUGAAGAAUUUGCAGAUCCUCCGCCUCUGAAGGACGCUACGUCUCUACCUGUCAGAACGUCGACUGUCGAAUCCGUAGAAGAGCCAAUUGUACCUACGACAAAUGCGCCCACUACACUAAUGCAAUGGGCUGUGCUUAUCCUCAACACAUCGAAUCCAACUUUGAAGGUUCAACGAACUCGUCACGCAGUCCACCUUUUCCGGACAGGAAAAUUAACUUCCAUCGGACACAAAUCACCUAACGCACCUCGUCCUCCUGAUACACCGCUGCGUGAAGCCCAGUAUGAAAGAAACACCGUAGAACCUGUAAAAAUGAAGAAUCGGAAAAGUAGAGCUGUCAUGCUGCAUGCCCUCGCGAAUAUUGAACAGUGGGCGUGGGAUAUCAUGGCCAGGUUCGGACCAAUGCAUCCUGAUCUUCCUCCCGCUUUCUUUUCUGAUUUUACAAAAAUGGCGCUGGAUGAAUCCAAGCAUUUCACGCUGCUGACGUCUCGGCUAGCUGCUACUUCCCCGACGACGCCUUAUGGCAGCCUGCCUGUCCAUGCAGCUCUGUGGGAGUCCGCAACCAUCACUGCCAACUCAUUCCGUGCCCGGCUUGCUAUCAUUCACCUCGUACACGAAGCCAGAGGCCUCGACGUGAAUCCCGGUACAAUUGAACGUUUCAGGAAAGCCGGAGAUGACGAAAGUGUCAAAGCUAUGGAAGUCAUUCACGCCGACGAGGUCACCCAUGUGACUGCGGGCCAUAGAUGGUUUACAUGGAUCUGCGAAAACGACGGCAACGUCGAUCCCAUAAAAACUUUUAGAGAAGAAGUACGGAAAGGCUGGCGGGGAGACAUCAAAGGUCCAUUUAAUGCUGACGAUAGAGAGAAGGCAGGGUUGAGCAGGGAAUUUUAUGAGAACUUGCGAGGGGAGAUGGAUAAUCAACCCAGUCGCAAACCCAUUGCUCCCGAAAGUGUUGAAGGGAUGACGGAUAGUUUGGCAGCGGUACAUGUUCAGUACGAUUCUUCGAAUAAAAAAUAA